GGAAAACGAAAAAUUCUGUUCAAUUUGGAAAGGAAACACCCGGCGGUUUCGCCUCUUCUCCGCCGCCAGCCAAGCCAUGCCGUCGCGCUCGCGAGGCAGGCGCGCCUCUCCUCCGGCGCCGACCCAGGAGGACGACGACGUAGAUUUCGAGGUCAGCUACAGCAGCGACGAGGAGGACGGGGAAGAAGGGGACGACUCGGAGGAAGGUUCAGAGGAGGAGGGAGCACCAGGUUCAGAGCCAGGUUCAGGUUCAGAUUCAGAGGAGGAGGAAGACGAAGAGGAAGAGGAUGAAGAGAGAUCUGAUGCGGACGAGGAGGUGCGGGAGAGUGUCGGGGAGGUGUGCGGGUCGUCCGUGCAAGCCAGCAGGGUUCCCGGCGGCGCACCGGCGGCGGAGAGGGGCAACACGCCCACUUGCCCCGUGUGUAUGGAGGCCUGGACCUCCGAAGGCCCGCAUCGCAUCAGUUGUAUUCCCUGUGGGCAUGUCUACGGUAGAUCUUGCCUGGAGAGAUGGCUAACGCAGCGCGGCAAUACUAGUACGACGUGCCCUCAAUGCGCACGAAGGUUCAGGCGUAAGGACAUUAUCAACCUCUAUGCACCACAGGUUGUGGUUCCAAAUAAUGACCUUGAAAAGCAAGUAGUAUCUUGCAUGCAAAAGGUUGAAUCUCUUGGGGAAGUGGUCCGGAAACAAGGGAAGAUGCUUGAGGAGAUAAAGGCUGAGAAGGAGCACAGAUCAGUGGACAAUGGUGUCUCAAAAAGACAGAAAAUAGCAGAGCACGCAGGUUUUGGCUCAAGCAACUGUUGCUGCCUUGUCUUACAGAAUGAAUUACUUUUGGAUGGAGCUCGAGUCAUGGGCAUAGAUGCAUCUAACCAAAUAAUACUUGCUUCUAGAAAGGCACCUGGUUUAGGUCAGGAACAUGUUUUUACUAAGAUUAACAUGCUUUCCACUCACCAAGGACGUGAAAUACAACUUCCUCCUGGCACUAAAGUUGUCAAGGAUAUAUGCAUCUUGCAUGAUGGCUCUGCUCUUUUUGCAUCACUGGGCAGAAGGCUAUCACUUUUUAGCAUGAUGACUGAGAGUGUUGUUCUUCAAUGCGAUUUGCCGGCUCCUGGCUGGUCUUGUUCAGCAGAUGACUCGGGUUCACAUCACGUUUGUGCUGGAUUGCAGGAUGGCAGGAUUUUGGUCUUUGAUAUUCGUCAAACUUCAAGACCCUUGCAUUCCAUGGCUGGGCUAUCUACUCAUCUGGUUCAUACGCUCCACUGUGUCACUGACAACAAUGGUUCCAGAAAGGUUCUUUCGGCCUCUGCUAUAGGACCUUGCAUGUGGGAUCCUGAUGGCAGUCAAAGCAAGCCAUAUUUGCUACUACAGACUGAUGAUCAACGUGUCUGUUUUUCUCUUGCGUGUGCCCCCCCAUCAAGUGAUACCAUAGUGGCCUCCUUCCGGCCAAAGGCCGAUUCAUCAGGAGACGCUGCUCCAUCUCAAGUGUACCCAUCGCAAACGCAGGCAGCGUCAGGUCCAGGAAAACAGGGGCAGCACACCGUGGUCACGAGGACACCGUGGGGCGUCACACCCUUCGUCGAAGGCAGGACGUGCUAUGGCAGCGUAAGCGAAGUGCGCAUGUGCAAGUCUGCAAUCAUACCUUACGGGAACAACAACCAGCAUCUUUUCGCCUAUGGAGACGAGUCGCUGCGCGGGGUCAGGACCUGGCAACUACCUUGGUUCGGGAUGCACACUGAGCUUCGCCCCCACCGCGAACCGAUCCUUGAUCUAAGGUUUGUGGAAAGUCCAGCCGGAGGGAGGUACCUGGGGUGCCUAAGCAACGAGAAGUUGCAGGUUUUCAGAGUCGUGCAGAACUCCAAGUAGCUCGGCUUGCUUUUGCCUGUAAUCAGCUCUCCUAAUUAAGCGUUGUGUAACUUGUCUGUUGUCGGUUGCCUGUAGAAGAAGAAGAGGAAACUACCUAGGAACAAGCCUUUUGCUCCUUGUGUAGUGUACAGUUUUAAGUUUUUAGGUCGAAGCAGAGAAGACUGUGACCUUGCUGUGUUGUGA